AUGGAUACUAAUUUUUUCCAAGGCAAAACUGCUUGUGUUACCGGCGCUGGAAGAGGUUCGUUUUUCCUAAUUAUUAUUACUUUACAUGAACGUUCUUGUUGCUUUGAAACAUUAGGUAUAGGACAAGCUCUCGCUCUUCGUUUGGCGAAACUUGGAUGCAAAGUGAUUGCUAUAAGUAAAACAGAAGCACACUUAAAAGAAUUAGUAUCAAUGGAUAAUACCAUUCGUCCGGUUUGUGUUGAUCUGUCAGAUUGGGCAGCAACAAAAAAUGCUAUUAAAGAGCACUUGCCAAUUCAAUUACUGGUGAAUAAUGCAGCUGUUGCUAUUCUCGAUCCAUUCUUGAACAUAAAAUUAGAGGACGUUGAUACGUUGUUUAAUGUCAAUGUUCGAUCUAUUAUUUGCUUAAGUCAGGAAAUUGUUCGCGAUUUGAUUGAAAGAAAACUUCCUGGUAGUAUUGUAAAUGUAUCGAGUCAAGCAUCCGCAGCAGCUCUGAAAGAUCAUACAGUUUAUUGUGCAACAAAAGCAAGUGUCGACGCUGUUACUCGUAAUAUGGCGCUCGAAUUAGGACCACAUCAAAUUCGUGUAAAUUCCGUUCAGCCAACCGUAGUUUUAACAGAUAUGGGACGUAUAGGAUGGUCUGAUGAGAAAAAAGCCGCAGGAAUGCUUUCAAAAAUUCCGCUUAACAAAUUUGCAGAAGUCGAUGAUGUUGUUGAACCAAUUAUCUUUUUAUUGUCUGAUAAAAGUGGAAUGAUCAAUGGUGUUGGUUUACCAAUAGUUAUCAUCAGUAAUCAUCCAUUGAUGGACACAGCACAAAAUUUAUCACUUGACGAUCAAUCGCUCGCUGCUACUGACUCUGACGAUAACGCACUAAAGUCUUUAGAAAAUAUUCAACAACUUUAUUUACAUUUUCUGUUUAAAUUAAGAAGUGAAAAUAUUGUUGGCGCAAGUGGAACGAGUACAAUAGACGAGUCUAUUAAAAAUCUUGUAGAUUCGUUGUUAGAAACAGUUCUUGACACUUGCAAUAUUUCACCUCAUCAUGACUAUAAAUUCAGAGUCAUUUCUACUGGCUUAGUAAGUUUGAAAUGUUCUUCACAGUUUUUUAAAAAAGUAUACUCAGCCGGACAAGAAGUAGAAGUAGAAAACAUAUUUUUUAUAAAAAGUAACAUCUACUACAAUUGGGAAUCGUUUGAUGAAAUAUUGCAAGUGUCAAGAACUGUUUCUAACAACGAAUCUACAAGAUUUUUAAUAGACUCGUCUAUUGUACGCGUUCCACUUGUGCCAACAAGAUUUUCACUUCUUAAUUUAAUGCACAUGUGUCGAAGACGGUCCAAGGAUUAACGGUAGCAAAUGUUUCACAGAAAUGUUUCACUAGUCAGCUUCCGAUCUUCGCAGUAAGCAGUCGGCAUCUAGUGUCGCUGUCCGUUUGAAAAUAUUUGUAAUGAUUUUUUCACUACUUAUGGACAUAUGUCAUGACGAUAAUGUUUGCUAUUUUGUAUGUGGUUCUUUUUCGUUUUUGUCUUAAGAUACUAUCCCCUACGAGAUGGAAACAUCAGAGGAAACGAAUCUACUUUUAUAAGCAAGUUUGCAUAUUGACUAAGAAAUUAAUUGAGCGAAACACACUUUAUUUUUCGAAAAUAUUUUAUCACAAAAAUUGAAGAAACAGGAAAAGAAAUUGUAAAAACAAUCAGACGAUGUUCCUUAUAUUCAGUUAAAGUAAAAUCGGACAACUUCUGUCACAUAUCGAUACAUAUGGAAAACCGGAAAAUCGAAUACGAAUAGAAUCGAAUUUCGCAUCUUAUCAUUUCUAAUUACCAUUUCUAACUCUCCAUUACUUUAAGCAUAAUCAAACUUAGGAAAAAACAUACGUUCAGCUUUGUCUCAUUUUGUUCAAAUCAGGCGAGAGUAACUUGCCUGUCGUCGUCAUAUAACAAUCACGAUAAUAGAAAUAAAGUAGAACCAAGGAUGUUUUAGGAGUAAAUGUACUUUUGAUCACGAAACAUAUUUAGAUACAAAUGAUCACCAAAAAAAGAUACUUUUGAUCAUCAAAUUUUUCAGCAUGCAUCUCACAUUUUUAUUUCUCAACAAAGUAUAAUGUACAACACAAACAUAUUCAUUGAAAUUUUAACCAAAUGAACAAUAAAGCUGUGCUAACUUUCUUGGGACGCCCUUUUGCUUUUCGUUUGACUAGUAGUUGAAUCAGUGUUUUAUCCCUAACUUGAUACAAGUUAAAUAAAAUUGCUAAUCCAACAGAAUGUUUACACGAAUAUACUAAUAAUGGUAUAAUAAGCCAGCAGAAUUGUUGCCACACCAGAAAAUUAUUGAAUAUAAGCCACCGAUGAGAACGAUAAAUACCUAGCCAAUGAUACAUUCAACAGUUUUCUGGUGUGGCAACAAUUCUGCUGGCUUAUUAUACCAUUAUUAGUAUAUUCGUGUAAACAUUCUGUUGGAUUAGCAAUUUUAUUUAACUUGUAUCAAGUUAGGGAUAAAACACUUAUUCAACUACUAGUCAAACGAAAAGCAAAAGGACGUCCCCCCCAAAAAAUUGCGACAUGGGUUGCUCCGUAUCUGAAUAUUGUUUCAAUAAACCGAACGUCAAAUUUAAACUUUUUUUGCAUGUUUUGUUCUCUAGACGUUGCUGUUCCAGCAAAUAAAAAAUCAACCGA